AUGCCGCCAAAGGCGGUGACCAAGCCCGACCCCGAAGACGAGGAUGACGAGCUCUUCGGAUUCGGCGUCGAGUCCGACGACUACUACACCAGCGACGACGGCGACUUCAAGUCGAGCCCCAGCAAGCCACGCAGCCGCAAGACGGGCUCUAACAAGGUCCUCGACCUCGGCCAUGUCUUGCAACCGCCGCGGGCAUGCCAGUACUCGACCAAGACCUUCUUCGAGAUGCUCCAGGACGACGUCAUUGAUCUUGAGCCCGAGUACCAGCGCGGCGUCGUGUGGUCCGAGAGCAAGCAGUCGGCGGUCAUCGAGUCGAUCAUGCGGCAUUACUACGUGCCGCCCAUCCUCCUCUCGGUCAAGGAAAAGGAGGACACCAAGGACCUCCUGUACAUCUGCAUCGACGGCAAGCAGCGUCUGUCGUCGGUCCAGGCCUUCUUCCAGAACAAGAUCCCCGUCAAGGAGCCGGGCACCAAGAACAAGUUCUGGUACAAGGAGGACCUGGCGCAGGGCAAGACGCCGGCCCUGACGGCGGCACAGCGCCGCAGGUUCGACAACGAGCAGCUGACGUGCGUCGAGUUCACCGGGCUCAACGAAGAGAUCGAGCGCGACAUGUUCUCGCGCGUCCAGAUGGGAGUGACGCUCUCGUCGGCCGAGAAGCUGGCCGCCCACCUGGGAGACUGGCCCGACCUGAUCCGCAAGCUCAUCAAGCGCUUCCUCGACGCCACGCCCGAGCACCCGGGCCUGUCGACCGACCGCAAGGGCAACCUGAUCAUCGACGUCUCCCGGGGCAAGGACUACCUGUUCAUGGCGCAGAUUCUGCUCCUGAUCUUCAACGCCGACGACCCGCGCUACGUGCCCUCGGCCGCCAAGAUCGAGACGUUCCUCACCAAGAACGCCAAGAAUGCCCCGUCCUCCAAGAUCAGCGGCGAGAUCCACGAGACGCUCGCAAAGUUUGUCGCGCUGGCCAACCACCCGCGCUACGGCGGGUGCGUCAAGCCGAGCCAGGCCGUCAACACCAAGGGGCGCACGUACGACCGCUUCAUCUCGCCCGUCGAGUUCGUCUACAUCGGCUUCCUCAUCUACAAGUUCCGCAGCGCCGAGCUCAACCAGCUCUACCAGCUGGUCGAGGGCAUGAAGGACGCGGUGCGGCCCAAGUUCAAGGACAUGAUGUUCAACUCGCGCGUCGCCGACACCCUCCGCUACUAUAUCGACACGGCCAAGCUGCCCCCUCCGCUCCCCGAGGGCGACGCCAUGCCGCCGCGCAAGAAGCGCGUCAGGCCGCCGUCGGACGACGACAGCGACGACGACUACCGACCCACCACCCGCGUCCGCGUGCCCACGGCGAGGCGCAGCAGCGCCGCCAACGGCGCUCUAGCGGCGGCCGCACAGCCGCAGCAGCCGCCAGCGGCUCCAGCAGCAUCCACCUCGGUCGUGGCAGCACCCCCUGCUUCGGCCAGUGGCCCCUCUGCCACGGCCCCUGCCCAUGCCCAUGCCCGUGCCCCUGCCCCUAUCUCUGCCCCUGCCGCGCCACCCGUCGCUCCGGCCACGUCCUACGGUACGAUGGCUUACAGCAACACCAACGGCGCCGGCAGCAGCAACUACCAGGCAUCGCUGCCCUCCUUUAACCCGCUCAGCAACAUCCCGCCAGUUCCGCAGCAGGCGCGUCCGGAACCGAUCUGGGGCCAGAACUUCUAUGGCUCGGGCGGUGGCGGUACUGUCAACCCGUCCAACCUGCAGCAGCAGCAGCAGCAGCAGCAGCAGCAGCAGCAGCAGCAGCAGCAGCAGCAGCAGCAGCAUCACCAUCACCACCACCACCACACGCCCUAUGGCGGCCAGAACCCUUACCGCUGA